AUGGCUGAAAUCUCUGCCCUAAGCCCCUCCCCCCCAGGUAUGGCUGAACCACCUGUACCCCCUUCCUCUGGCACUCACCGUCUACCCAGCAUGGCUCCUACUGAGUCUCCAAAAUGCUGCCCCAUCCCCAAAUCAGCACUGUAUGGGGAUCGAGCUGUGAUGGGCUCUUUUCCGGCACAGGGCGGAGUGGUUGAGGCCCCUGAAUCUACGUCAGGAGAAGCAGCAACACCCCAAACAGCACAGUGCUUGGCCAUUCCUCCACCAACCACAGAGACCAGGGGGCCCUCACCAGCAACUGCCAUUCUUAGACCAGCAUCAGACUCAGGAGCAGACGGAAGUCCCAGCAUGGCCACUGAACAAGAAACACCAGCAGCUCCGCCUGCUUUGAAGCCCGGGUCCCCUACCCUCCCCAUAGAGUCCAUACGACUGUCAAGAGGGGUUGUUGGCACAUCUGAAGCACAUGAUGCUCCCUCAGAGCAGUGGCCCACACCCCACUCCAAACCUGACAGCACCGACACCCCCACAAAGACAUCUGAGCAGCCUCACCUGUCCUCCACACCAGAGCGGACUGCCCCCCCUGCUGUGGUGGUGCAGGAGCCAGCCUCAUUGUUGGCAAUGCCCACUGGCUAUGCCCGACCGGCACCGGACACACUGAGCUACCUGGAGUCAGCCAGCCUUAUGUCAGGUACACUGGAGUCACUGACUGGUCUGGGUGAGGAUGGCAGCUCGGUUGGGUCCGACUCAGAGAUCAAUGGCCUGGUGAUGCGCCGAACAGACAAAUAUGGCUUUCUCGGUGGAGCCCAGUACAGCGAGGGCAGUGAAGCAGAGGUCCGUGUGGAUGUGGCCAGGCAGAGAGAGAUGAAAUGGUUGGACAUGUUCAGCAGCUGGGAUAAGUGGAUCUCACGACGAUUCCAAAAGGUGAAGAUGCGUUGUAGGAAGGGAAUCCCAUCUUCUCUCAGGGCAAAAGCCUGGCAGCUACUCUCCAACAGUGAGGAGCUCCUCACUGCAAACCGUGGAAAGUUUGAGGAGUUGGAGAGAGAGCAGGGGGAUCCUAAAUGGCUGGACAUCAUAGAGAAGGAUCUGCAUCGACAGUUCCCCUUCCACGAGAUGUUCGCUGCUCGGGGAGGACAUGGACAGCAGGACCUGUUCCGUAUCCUGAAGGCGUACACAGUGUACAGACCAGAUGAGGGUUACUGUCAGGCUCAGGCUCCAGUGGCUGCAGUCCUCCUCAUGCACAUGCCCGCUGAGCAAGCCUUCUGGUGUCUGGUCCAGAUCUGUGAGAAGUACCUUCCUGGGUAUUACAGUGCUGGGCUGGAAGCCAUACAGCUGGAUGGAGAGAUUUUUUUCUCUUUGCUAAGGCGUGUGUGUCCCAUGGCCUACCGUCAUCUGAAGAAAUUCAAGAUCGACCCCAUCCUCUACAUGACAGAAUGGUUCAUGUGCAUAUUCUCGCGCACGCUGCCGUGGGCCUGUGUUCUUCGAGUAUGGGACAUGUUCUUCUGCGAGGGGGUGAAGAUUAUCUUCCGUGUGGGCCUGGUGUUGCUGAAGCAGAUGCUGGGUUCAGUGGAUAAGCUGCGGGAGCUACAGGGCAUGUAUGAAACCAUGGAACGACUCCGGAAUAUUCCCCCUGAUGCCGUUAGAGAGGACAUACUUCUCCAGGAGGUGGUCUCUCUGCCGGUGACGGAGGUGCUGAUAGAGAAGGAGUGUGCAGUGCAGGUGAGGAAAUGGAGAGAGUCGCGUGGUGAGCUGACACACCAGCCGGGCCGCAGGCUGCACGGCACUCGCGCCAUCUAUGAGCACAAGCAGCGUGCUGCUUCCAUCAGCUCUGGGGGCAGUUUGUCGUUCCUGGCCGGCUCCGUGCCCCCCCCAGGCCCCCUCCGCGCCUCCUCCAGCCUCCUCUCCCUGCCGGGCUUCAGGGCCAAGCCCAAAGCACCUUUCCUCUCUCAGAACAAGAAAGGCUCCUUCUCUGGUGCCUCCAGCCUGGAGCCCAGGCCGGUGCAGGGCUUCAGAGGAGAAAAGCCGCUGCCUGGAGCAAGCCAAAGCCUGACGCAGGCAGCCGCACUCUCAGGAGGGGGAGAAAAAAGUCAUGCUCCACAUGGGCCAAGUCCCCUCACAGAGUCAUCCGCUUCCGUUCAGACCUCCACUCGUACAACUGCAUCAACAUCGUCCGCUACAUAUGCCCCCCAGAGCCUGCAGCCUCCACCGAAAACUGUGUCAGAGCAGAUCACACCCACCCUUCCCUCCCCCACUGCCAACAACGCAGCCUUAUCUCCAUGCCAGCAUGCAGGGAGGGGGGAAAAGGCUGCAGAGGAGGAAGGAAAGAAGAAAAAGAGGAGCAAGGAAGACAAGAAGAAAGAGAAGGAGGAGGAAAAGCAGAAACUGCGUGACAAAAAAGAGAGAGAAAAGGCAGAGAAGGAAAGGCUGAAAAAGGAGAAGGAGUGGGCUGAAAAAGAGAAGAAGGAAAAAAAAGGAGGGAAGAGGAAGGACAAAAGAGGAGGUGGGGAGACAGAUGAGAAGAAUGGGGCCGGGGCAGUGAAAGAUUUGGCCUAGUUCCUCUUCUGUUUUUCUCGGAGAGAAAAGGAAAUGGAAGGAGAAAAGAGGACAAGAGUGGAAAGACUGGUAUUAGGGGAAUGAUAGACAGAAAAUAAAAGAGUGAUUGGAGAGAUGGUAGGAAUGAAACAGGAGAGGACCCGUCUCCUAAGUCCGUUUCAUUUCAAAGACUUGACAAAGGUAACUGGAUCAUGACGGGCCAUGUUUUUUUUUCAAGCCUUAUGCUUACAUACUCCUCACUGUAGCCACCUCAUACAAGAGCAGGUUUCAGCUAAUCACAGACUGUAGCCACAUCAUACAAGAGCAGGUUUCAACCAAUCACAGACAGACUGACUGGGAACAGUUGUUUCACUGCCUCUUUUAACUUACUUUUGGUUUGUUUAUUGUUUAGAGCCUCAAAAAAGCCGUAAAACAAGUAGCGGGGAUGGCCAGGAUGUAAAUCUCUUACUGAAGGACCCUAUUGUGAUUAUAUGGCUGUCAAAUUAAAAUGCCUGUCUAAAAGGAAUCCAAUUUUAAUCAAUGGCUCAUACUUGUCAUGAAGAUACCAACUGUACUAAUCCUCUUAGUUUCAUUAACAAUGGGAGUUGUGAAGGGAGUAUUUAUUGUUAAGUGAAGUUUGUGUGUGUGUGUGACUGUGUGUGUCUCCUAUUAAAUGUGUGUGUGUCCUGCUAGUGUAGACAUAUGUCAGUCUUAGGCCACUAAAUGAUCUCUGUGCUCCUCUCCAAUUCUUUCUCUCUCUCUUUUCUUUCUCUCUCUCUUCCUCUGAAGGGUGUUAGUUUGUAAUAAAAAUGUUGAAAGGCUGAUAGGUGGUGUCUUUACAGAGUCAAUGAAAAGAGAAGUGAGAGACUGAAAUGGAGAGGACCUUACAGAGCUCACGCUGGAUGCAUGACUUGAUCCUGUAGAACUGUAAAAUGAACAUGUAAAUUGUCCCUGCAAACACCCUUAGGCAGCAUUGUCUAAAGUUGUUGUCUUUUGAGCUACAGUCUUCUUAGCCACUGUACUGCUGUUAAUUUAUUCUGGUUUACAGUGAAGUUUAAGGAGGAGGUCUGAGACUUUGAAUGAGUAGGGACAUGUUGGAGUGGAGUGUGCUGUGGUUCUGUGACAGAAGCAGGGGGUGUGUCAGUUGCUAGUGUUGGGUGAGCUGGGGUAGACUGCAGUCACUACUCACACAGCAUCUGUUCUAACUGGAAUCAGUGAAAUAGAAUAAUCUAUUUCUUACUUUUCCAAAGUUGUCAUGAAUUACUAAACAGUCUGAAAUUCAUGUGGUAAA